GGGAAGUUUAAGAAACAAUGCGCACGACAUUUAGUUUGACACACGCUUAUAUGUUCUGUUCAUUAUGUGAUUCACUCGUUUAGAUGUUUCACCCGGUUGUUACACGCGCCGAAUGCAACUAGCCGCAGAUGUAAUGAUGUAGCUGCGUGGAAGCACUGAUAAAGGACGCUCUUUAGCUUAGCUUGUUAGCCUCGGUGCUUGCUGCAUGACGUCGUAAACAACAAGCCAGAUGUGAAUAUGAGCCACAGUAAGACGAUAUAGUCCCAGAAAUGGACCGAAAAACAAGACGUCUGGCGAGCGAGCUGUGCAAAGCUGUGAACGAUGAGGAACCGAGAUCUGUGCAGCUACUUUUGUCCAGGGGUGCGAGCCCAGACCUGGUUGGCAGUCAGGGGGUCGCUGCCAUCCACCUGGCUGUUGGCAAAGAGACCGAGAAGAACACACAAUGCCUGAAAAUGUUGCUUCGUCAUGGAGCAAACCCAAACAUCAGAUCGGCUGAGGGUUUGACUCCACUUCAUGUCGCUGCUGUGUGGGGUUGUUACCAAAAUCUAAAGUUGCUCCUGAUGAAUGGAGGAAAUCCAAACCUGAAAGAUUAUGAGGGAAAUACACCCACAGACCUCGCAAAGCAGCAGGAGAAUCGAAAAUGUGCUCACCUACUUCAAGAGCAUCUCAUGAUGCCAGUGGAAACAGAAGACGACGCGCUGCCUCAAUUUGAGUACUCCAUGUUGUCUGACCAGACAGACGUGUCCAGUUGUCCUCAGUCGGACUGCAGCUUCGCCUCAUCUCUGAUGAGUGACUUUGGUGAGGCCGCACUGAGCAGCACGAGACGCUCAUCCUUUUUUAACCUCUCCAACAUUAACACAAGGCAAAGUUUCAGAGGAAUGUCCAGCACAAGACUCUCUGACAUGAACAGUGAGCAACUUCCACGUCAGUCCUGGAGCAGGUCUGCGCUGUGGCCUUCUGAAGGAACCUCUCUGUUAUCCAGCACUCGGAUGUCAGCACUUCCACCUCUAACCGAACCACUGUCUCACAACAAUCGUGUCUCUCCUUCGAGAAGAGACACUCUUCCUGCUUUCACAUGCCGACCAGUGAGCCGUAAGAGUGUCAGCUUCAGGGAUGUGGAUGAUUAUUUCCCGGUCUUCAGUCCGGAAUCACCAAAACAGCGGCAAUCUGUUGAUAACAACAUUUCCUUUGACCUCUCGGAGUAUCCUGGCUUCCUGGAUUCGGAACGUUUGACCACAGUUUUGCACAAACAUCAGGGCGUGGACGUCACGUCACCGGAUCAUGCUUAUGUGUUCUGGAGAGAGAGCAGCGAGGAGGAGAUGGAGAAAACCGUCAUUAGUCUCUGUAAAGACUCGGUGGACUGUGAAGAUGAACGCAUUAGGGAGAGUGAGAGAAGUCCCGCAGCUCAUCCAGCAGGGGGCAGCAGCAGCAGCGGGACCAACGGGAGUAAUUACAGCAGUUGUGAGAGUGACCAUUACACCAGCGCGCUUGAACUUCCUCUGCACACUAGACCCACAUUACUGUCAGAAAAGCCCGAUCACGUUGUUGUAACUGUUGAACUGGACGUUGUUGAUCCUGCUGGUCCUGACACAGAAGCUAAAGUUCUUGUUAAGGACAAUGAGAAAGACUCCCAGUCUGUCCAUAGUCAUAUAAAUGAUGAUCUUGUAGAUAAAGUCCACGGCAAUGAAGACGUGAAUUCAUCUGAGAAUCCAUCUGAACUUCCAUUCACGCCGAGUCCCUUUGUGACGGGAAGAACACGAUCCAGAUUGAGCCGCUGCUCUAUAAGAACCGGUUUUGAGAUGUCAUCCCUUUUUGAAGAAAGUCUCCCGACGCCCGUGCGCACACAUAGGCAGACGCCAAAGUCUCAGAGCAACUUUUACAGCUCGCCCCACGCACCAUGUUGCUCAACAAAUGGCGUCAGUGCAGGAUCAGAACCAUCGUCAGAAUCCUUCCCAAACACACAGUCCAGCACCUUGCAAGCGACGCUGAGCAACAGUCAGGCUGAUACCAUCAUUCUGUCCCAGACUGCCAGCGAUUCUGUUGAAUCCCAGACCGUCUGUGACACCGUGAUCCUGGAAGAUAAUCUGGAAACCUCGACUGAAGCGUACGAAAGAAACCUGGAGGAGGUUAUUCGAGCCAUCAAAGGAAAUGAAGUUUUCCAGGGCGAUGACUUCCUGACCGAUGAUUUGACCAGUACAGAUGAGACCAACAUAGAGGUGGGAAACGUUCCGAAUGGAAACGCCGAGGUAAAGGAUGAAGUGUGGCUGACCGAGGACUGCGGCUCUCAAACAGAGUCUUCCACGUCAAGCUCUUCCUAUUUCUCCCCGAAAAGAUCCAGGGGAAGCUCAGACCUGCCGUCCACACCAGGCACAGGCUGCACCCCGAGGUACAGCAUGAGCCGACUGUCCCGUCACAGCCUCCCUCUUAACCCAGCUAACCUGUCCUACACACCUGGAGGUCGCCCACACAUCCCGGACGUGGACCAGCCAGUGGAGUACCUCUACACCGACACGGAGCAGGGCCACGAGCUGAUCGAGACCCACAUACCACCAAUGUCCAACGCCUCCUUCUGCUCCAAUGUGAGCAGCUCAGAGGACACUGUUGUUUACGACUGGAGGACCAUGCAGAAGGAGAUGAAAGAGAUGAAGGAGAAUCACGGCCCACGAGGAGAGGGAGCCCCCGAGGAGGGAGGCGAUCCAGAAAAUAAAAGCGUUAUCGCAGUCGUGAAAGGGUUGACAGACAAGGAGCUGAGACUGAGGCUGAAAGAGCUUGGCGAGAAUCCGGGCCCCAUCAACAGCCGCACCCGGCCGACCUACAUCAAGAGGCUGUGUCGACUGCUGCAGGAGUCCGACCUCCAACCCUCAGCUCUGGAUAAGCAGCCGCAGAAAGGUUUAGGCUACAGUCCAGAACUGAACCUGGCAAUUCAGACUUUCAAGAUACCAGACUGCCAGGAGGACGAACAAGCGCUGUGUCAGCAGUUUGAUCAACCGGAUCAGAACCGGAAGUGGCGGGAAGGCAUCAUCAAGUCCAGCUUCAACUACCUGCUGCUUGACCCCAGAGUGACCGACAACCUCCCCUUCCGGAGUCGCACCAUGACGCAGCAGGAAUGUUUCCAGACGUUUGUCCGCGCCAUAUUCUACGUGGGGAAAGGGAAGCGCUCCCGCCCCUACAGCCACCUCUACGAGGCGCUGGAGUACUUCAGAGGGGACAAGACGUCGAAGAAACUUUGCCGCAAAGUCCAGCACAUCCUGCAGGUGUGGGGCGCCAACCAGGGCGUGAUCUCGCUGCACUGCUUCCAGAACGUCAUCCCAGUGGAGGCGUACACCCGAGAGGCCAGCAUGGUGGAGGCCAUAGGGCUGAAGAUGCUGACCAACCAGAAGCGAGGAGACUUCUACGGCGUGGUGUCCAACUGGCAGGCCAAGAGGAAGCGCCAGCUGGGCGUCCACCUCCUGUACCGGGCCAUGCAGAUCUUCCUGGCCGAGGGAGAGAGGCAGCUCCGACCGGCUGACAUCAGACAGUGAGGGUAACUCUCCAUCCCGCCCAGGCUCGCAGACUUCUCCGCUAAUCCCCGUGGCUGCUUCCCAAAUCAUCACGGAAGCAGCAGCGGCAGCCGCCCGCCGCUGCCUCAUUUCCACAAUUAAGCACUAACUGAUGUCGGCGCGCUCGUAAUUAGUCGCCUCCUUAUCAGCGAGCCGCCGAAUGGUUCCCUGCGCUGCCACCGCUAUUUCAGCCUCUAUUUAUAGAACUCGUAACACAGACUUAUCAGGUGGAUCUCUAGCCCACGGGCAGCUCUCGUCAAUUUGGACCAGGAAACAAAGUCAUUUGUUUGUUUCCAAAACCCGCCGAGUCAGUGAUUCAAUACUUUUAGUGGUUUUCCUACGUCAAGUCUCGACCCGCAUUAAAAUCUGGAGGCCAUUUUUGCAGCUCCAUCAUGUCUUUACAUACCUUCACUUCGAGCUCCAGACUCCAGCUUAUUUUACAGUAUAUUUUAUCAGGAUUGUUCCUGACUUGUCAUGGUUGUGCUUCUCAGGAUUCUAUUGUCAAUUCCUGUUUCAAAAAAGAUGUCUAGAACACUGUCGAUUUAAAAUCAAACCUGUCAUUCCGCUCUUUAGUUCUUUUUUUGCUUCUAGUUUUUAGCCUUUUUCAUUGUGUAACGUGUGAAUUAAAUGCUUUUGUUAGAAUCAUGACUGAACGCAGAAGAGGAAAGAGUUGAUUUCCUCUUUCACACUGCUUUAAUGGGUCACGAGUCGCACGCAGCUCAACUCAUUCUGUGAGAGGCUGCAGAAAACCAGGGCCUGUUCAUUUUUCUCACUGUAAAUACGCUCACCAUUAAAUGCACCAUGCGAUUUUCUUUUUACACUGCAGCUCUAUUGAGUGUAUUUUCCCUCAAAUGUUUUGCACAAAAAUAACAGAGAAUUGAAAAUUGCUCCUUUCAUUUUCAUGACAGACAAAACUUUACAUUUCUACAAGUGUAGUUUUUAAUGUGGUUAUUUUGAACAAUGUUAAUUUUUGUGUUUCAUUAGAACAUGUAUAUUUUGCAGGUUUUUUAUUGCAAUUUUUAAGUCGUAUAGUAGUCUAAAAUACAGUAAUAAUAAUAGAUACAUUUAUCUCAGAUUUUCAUGAAAUAAUUGCCUAAAAAUAUAUGGGAAAUUCAUUAUUUAAGCAAAUAAUUCCUACUGUUGAGUAAAUGCAUAAUUGUAAUUUAGAAGUCUCUAUUCCUAUUUCUCAAAUGAGGCAUUUCUUUUAUAAAAAAAUAACACUUUUUUUGCAUUUACAUUAUUCAGAUUACAAAAAAUGUAUACUAUUGAAUCUGUGAUAAAUUUAUGUUGACACUUUUUCCAUUAACAUAAGUGUUGCUUUUGAUACAAAGUAGUGAAAAAUUUCAACAAUCCCAAACAUCUGGAGAAAAAAGUAAUCUUUAUUAAACUCAUCAUUUAAGGCACACACACUUGUUUAUCUCCCAUUAUUCCACAGUAUCAUCAGGCAUUUCCCUCCAAAGGUCAUCUUCCGCUAUCUUCCCAAAUCCGAACCCCCCGCAGCCGGUGUGAGCUGGGCUGCAUCUGAGCUUCCUGCCGCUUCACUCCGCACCGGCAUCAUCAGCGUAUUGUUGUGACGGGCUGGAAUCUGGGACACAGUUGCAUUCAUCGUUCAGUGAGCUCUCCCCAAAGUUAAACCCACCGACAGCAAUGAAUGUUGAUUGUGACCUUUGCGGGGCUUGAGAGGGUUCAGCAACAUCGGGACGGGAUCCGACAACCUGUGCGACUAUGUUUUGUUUGUUUGUUUAUCCAAGGAGGACGAACGCUGUGCCACAGGGUACAGUCAACGGUCGAUGGUUUCUCAUUUAGCACAAACUCACCGACAGCGUUGAAUGUUCACUGGGACACGCCAUAGGUACCUGCUGAAGAUGCGACAAACUGUUCGCCUCAAGCUCAAAACCUGAUGUUGUUUUCAUGAAAACACUCCUCGUAAUAAACACCAUAAAAUACGACACAUGCGGUUCAAUUUAGAUGCUACGCUAAAAUCUAGAGCUUUGAAUUUUACCUUCUUUUUGAUGUGGAUCUGAGUAACGCAGUAUAUUAUUUGCAUUUGGGUAUGGACCCCAUCAGAAACAGCUCAGCGUGACACAUUGUCCCCAACACCUGCUCCGUACCAGACAAGUCUUGUCUCUUCUUUUCAACGGACAGGGAAGUCAUUGUGAAACUGAUGAGUCAUGCCAAGUUCUUGUCAACAGCUAGUCAUUAUCGUCCGCCUGACAUCACUGUGGUUGAGAUCACCAAGGCGUGUUGCAAGGCUUUGACACUGCUGACUCAUCUGCAUUUGUAGCUACUAGCUGCAGCACUGUCAUGUAGCGCCGUGCUAACAACAUCAUUGGCUGUCACGUGUUUGUGGAUUUGGGGUUGAUGGGAAGGGAUGCGGAUGUUAGGUGAUAGCACAUGGCGUCUCUCCAGACCAGGCGCCAUCUUCUGGAAUACUUACUGCCGGCCACCGGGACUGGUCCGUACCUUUUACCUCCAGCGCCAGAAACGCCCCCCAAAACCAGUGCUCAUGCUACAUGCUGACCUGCCAGCCAACAGUCUACCCUCGAAGACUUUGUGGUCCUACUACUGAGGCUUAAUAGGCCUGAGCACGAUGGCACCUCUUCUAGGUCCAGUCCGAGGUCCACAGUUACCAAGCCCAGCCAUGCGACAGGCACUCUGGUGCAGGUAAAUGAUUUUCAUUUUCGCCAAAUCAAAGACGGCAGAAUCCAUCUGUUGUAACUCAGUGUCGAGUUACAGUGUGUAAUACAUACGCAAAAAUGUAAAUAAAGCAUUUAGAUGUUUGCUUACAGCAUCUGGCUUUUGCGCUAACAUCGCUAUACAGAGAGGAAGUCACUUUGCAAAACUACUGAACUUGUUGAACCCACUAACAGCAAAGCCUGACAAUAUUCAAACACAAGUCACAUGAUUUACAUGACACGGUGGCGUCACUGUAAUAGCAACAGGUUGUUUAGGGCCAAACCUCCUAAUGUUUUAUUUACAUUUUUGUGUGUGUACAUGAUGUGUAAACAUCAACGGUGAGUUGCAACAGAUGGGUUUUACCAUUGUUUUGGACAGAGAAUGAAAAAAAAAAUCGGCAGAAAUGCCCAGCAAAUUUGAAAAGCUCUACAAAAAAAGACCUUCACCGGAGAGGAAACCCCAGCGUGAAUGUGGAGAUGUUGGAGAGACUAACUACAAGUAACAUCCGACUUACAACCGGGAUCGGUUCCGACCAACCGGUCGUAAGUCAGAUUGGAUGCAAGUCAAAUGCCAUUCAAAAUAGCCGACGUGAGGGUUAUAGGUGCUACUGUCGUGGUAGAUGGCUGUGUGAGAGUGAGAUGCUGGGAUACUGUGCUGCCGUAACUGUCGUACGUGAUGCUGGGCUGCUACGUGUUGCGGUGCCAGACAUUGAAUUUAAAAAAAAAAUGAAGCAUCUGCUGGCCGUGGUUGUAAGUACGUAUGGACGUAAGUCGAAUGUUACUUUUACACAUUUUGGAGCGUUAUAAAACCCGACUAAAUGCUGGUCACUGCUCUUGGUCUCACACACAAACGCAUAUUUCUGGCACUAGCCGUGGAUCCGUCCUGGGCAGAAAAGCACAGUCCUUGCUGCCAGCAGUGUUGCUAACUCAGAGGUUUGAAUGACAGUGUCGGAAUUGACGGAAGUGGACGAGGAGGGGAGGUUGUGUUCUAAGGUCUUCUUUGGCCGCGGGUCCGCGCUGACAGGAAGAAAGAUCUGGGACACGCGAGCGCAGAGAGGAAGGGCCAGGAGCUGACAACGUGGCCCUAAUCUGAGUGACAGGGUCUGCACAUCGGCCCCCUAACCAUCCUGGACGGGCGAGGAGGAAGCUGGGGGCGGUGACGGUGGCGGGCGG